CUAGGUAAUCCAACAAAAACAAAUAACCCUAGUCAUAAAUAGAAUACACAAACAUGGAGUGAAGUAAAUUGCCCUUUUAUACAUUUUUUUAAAUUAAAAUUGUCACUCAAAACGAUAUGAGUAGGCAUAAAAUAAAGCGGGAGAAGCCCGAAACUUCCGGCUCUUACUCCCGGGAGCAAGAAGAACAUGAUUUGGCUUAUUAUAUACACGAUCGCGUUGAACUCAUGCACCAAGUGUUUUCAGUCUUAAAACUUAAAGAUCUGAAGGCUAUGACGCCGGCAUGCAUUAAACAUCUCUCUGUGGAUAAUAUUAAAGAGCUCUGCACUGAGGAGCUCCUCGGCAUUAGUUCCAAAAGGCUGUGCGCCAUACUAGACGGGGCUGAUCCCCCGACAGAUACGGAGUCCAGUCCGUCCGAGUCCCCGGAGAGGCUGGAGACCAUCUCGCUGGACAGUAUCUCAUCUGACGAGGAAAUUCUCAGCCAGGCCAGCAAGAAGAGCAAAAAGAAACACCGCCACCGCGACAGAGACAAGGACAGAAGCAAAAAAAAGUCCAAAUCAACCGAGGACGACGGGGAGAAGUCUAAAGCUUCGCGGGCGGGACUCACGGUGCUCGAGCUGUUGGAGCUGCAAGCUCGAGCGCGCGCCAUCAGGGCGCAGCUGCAGCAGGAACAAGCUGCUAGGAAAUCAACAGAAGCAGCAGAGUCGAGCCAAGGCGCCUCCUCAGACGAUGACGAGGUGUUGGUGAAGGAGGAGCCGCCCGAGGUGCUGGUGAUCAGCAGCGAUGAUGAGAAACCUUCCAUUGCUGAGCUGGAGACAGAAAAACAAAACACAUCAGCGGAGACAGAAAAAACAGAUGACUCCCAAAAAGUCACGAAGAGAGUAAACAACUUAGUGAUAACAGUGCCACAGUCGAAACCAACAAGAAAAAUUAAACUGAAUCGUACAAAAACUAAUCCUGCGCCGGCUGCUGAUAAAGAUACCACUAGUUUUCCAAUUGAAACGGUGGAUACAACAGAAAAUAAUAAGAAUGAUGAUAAAACUAAUAAUGUUGCAACUAUAGCUAGCAAAGCUGCAGAGAAUAAUGCUAAAAUGAAAGAGAAAUUAAAGAAGAAACUAAAGAAGAAAGGUAAAAAGAAGACGGUCGAUAAGGAUGGUAGUGACCACGACGAAAUUAUGCUACAGCUGUCGGACAGCGAGAAAUUAGAUCUGCUAGAGGAUUUGGACCAUAAGAACUUCGAUAGGGUUUCUAGCCAAAGCUCCGAAGAUUCUGAAAGCAGUAGUAGUAGUGAAUCAGAUGAUGAAGAUGAAAAUAGUCAAGAAAGCGAUGAAGUAUUGAAGACAAAAGUAUACGUAAACAAAGAUAAAAAGAAAGUGAUCGAAGGACAGAUCGUUGAUAAACUCGAUUCUGUACAAGAAAAUAAAAAGAAAGAUUAUGCACAAGAAAACAAAACUACAGAAGCUGACGAUAAAUCUGAUGAUGUAAAUAUAGAUGACAAAACUUUUCAGAAAGUUGACAAUUCUGGAGAUUCAAUUUCUUCUAAGGAUGAAGAAGUUUCAGAAGCGAAUUGUGAUAAGGUUGUUCAUGAUAAUGAAGAAAACGAACGUUCAGAAACCAUUUCAAUAGUUGAAGAUACACCAAAUAAUAAAAGCGAUGAAAAAGAGGAUAACGAGAAAGCUGAGAAAAUUCAAAGUGUUGAAAAUUUUACAGUAAAUGUUCUUGAGAGCAGAGAUGUCGAAAAUAUCAGUUCUUUAGCUGAGAAUGAUCAAGAUACAAUUAAACAAGUGCAAUCAAGCGGUGAUUGUGAAAUAUCAAAGGUUCCCAAUGCUGAAAAUAAUGAAACAUUUACUGGAACAGAUCUGAUAUCUGAAACAAGUAAAGAAGGCACCAGUGAAAUUAAUUCACAGGAGAAACAUAAUGUUGACAAAGAAAUAUCAGAAGGGGAGCUUUCAGACCGCGAUAGCUCGGAAGUAGAAGCCACGGAAUUACAACCUGAAGUAGUUUGCAUUUCAGACGACGAAGGGAAAAAUAAGAGUAAGAAAAAACAUAAGAAAAAGGAAAAGAAAAGCAAAAAGGGAAAGAAAUCAAAAAAAGAAAAGUCGGAUUUUCAUAAAGGCUCGGACCAAAACUUUUACAAAGACAUUGAAAGUCUAAAUAACGCUGAGGGUUCUAUUUCUACUGAUCAUAAUGUGCCCGAGCCUAUUGUAAUAGACGAAGGCGAUAUUUACGAAAUUCUAGAACUCUCAGACGAUUCAUCUUGUUAUGAAGUUGAAGGCACUGUUUUGUCUAAAGAGCCCACUGCAGAAGAAAUAGAGGCCCUAUCGGCAAAAAUUGAUGAGAUUGAAAGAAUUGAAGUGAUUACAGACGAAGAAAUAAGGGAACAUGAACUAUCUUUAGCUGAAAAUAGUAAAACGGUUGAUAAUAAUAAGACAGAUGAAAACGCAGAUGAUAUAGAAAAGAUAUCAUGGAAAGAUAGGUACUUAGGUAGUUCCAAAGUGAAAAAAGUUCUAACUACAUCAAAUAUAUUGAACGCUCUAAGGAAGAAAAACAAAGAACUGAAAAAGAAGUUAGAAGAAUCUAAAACGAAGGAACUCGAAGUAGAAAGUGAAAAAAUUGAAACACCAGAGGAGCCUAUUGAAAGUAAUUUAGAAGAAGGUUCUAUAAAACAGUACAAUGCUUUACAAGGUUCUACGAAGUACGUUGAUCCUGUGAAGGAACCAGAAAUGAAUACAGAAGAGAACCAACAUGAUAAUGAAGACGCUAAAGACAAGGAGGGAGCGGUGACAAAAGAAAUGAAGAAAGACGCCAAACAAUUACUAAAAAUGUAUAAAAGGUUAUUAAAAUAUAACGAUAUGAAUAAGCAGAAAGAUCCGAAUAAGAAGAAAAAGAAAAAGCAGAAAAAGAAAAACAAAGAUGAAAGUGUUGCCAGUGUUGUAAAUAAUGACAUAUUAUAGUACUAUUUAGAAAGUUAUUAUUUAAUCUUUAUGUAAACAAUAAAUGCAUUUUUAACAAAUA